UUCUUGUAGGAAUGCUCUCCUAAACAAUCUUUUCUGGAACCUUAUCCACUCAAGCUACCAACUUAAAUACUGUUUUUUUGAAUUCCCACUCCAUAUCUACUACAUACAUCAUGGAAUUAGGACCUCAACCCGACUUUCCAGCUAUGGCGGAAUAUAUGUCCCGAGUUGCAGAUGGGUUAUCGCUAUGCGGUAACUUGCCCGCAAUUGACCAUGGCCAACAGAUCGUGACUAUUCUUCAAAGAAUGGAAACAGAUAUUGGCACCAUCAAAGCCGAUGUCGCGACUUUGAAGGAAGAUGUUGCCAUCCUCAAGGUAGAUGUUACUACGCUCAAGGCAGAUGUUGUCAACAUCAAUACCCGGCUUGACAACUUCGAGUCUCGCUUUACCGCUUCGGACGAGAACAUGAUUUCACGCCUCGUCAACAAUAGCGUCAAUGACCAUACAAUCACGCUGCGACCUCUUAGAGAUCCGAACAACAUGAUUAUUGAUGAACUUGAGACCACGGUCGGGGAGAUCAAAAAUAUGCCAGGCCAUGAGUUAGGCAUGAUUCUCCGCAGGCUGAAUAUGAGCAGUGAUGGGACUUAUAGUAAUAAGUUGCAAAGACUCUUAUAUGCAUGUGGUGUUAUUACGUUGCGUAACUAAUGCCUCGGUGGGAUUUGGUAGGGGAUGGGUUUCGGGUUUAGUGAGGGAUGGGUUUCGGGUUUAGUGAAGGAUAGGUUCCGGGUUCGGUA